AUGCUGAAUCAAAUAGCGCGGGGCUUGCAGUCUUGCAUCCUCAGGCGCUUCCGGGGCCCGGAGGGAGCAUGGGGAAGCCUGGUACAGGGCCUGCACACGUCCUCUAGCGCGCACGCCGGCGGAGGACACGGCGGGAGGGACCUGGCGAUGGCGAUGGACGAGGACGGCAUCAGGAAGGGGGUCCUGCACGUCCUGCAGCACUUCGACCACCUGGCGGACAAGGACGGCUUCAAGGACACCGACAACCUCGAGAAGGACUUGAACCUGGACUCGCUGGACCGCCUGGAGUUCUACAAGGCCCUGGAGGACGAGUUCUACAUCGAGCUGCCCGAGGAGGCCGUCCUCGACCUCCAGGCGCGGCCACUGGGCGACACCGUCUCGUACCUCCGCGCCGUCAACGUCCCCGUGUAG